AUGAAGUCACAGGUGUUUCUUCUGUUGGUUAUCCUCUGUUUGGUCGGAAUGGCCCCAGCCAGGCGACCUAAAAGAGACGUUGAGAUCUGGAUCCGACCAGAUCAAUAUAAUCGGCCCUGCAACUAUCCAGGUUGUGACGAAUGAUCAUUGAUCCAGUGUGUCGAUAAGGACAAAGAAACGUAUAUCGACUUUAUUAAAAAAGACAAAGAAACUAUGA